GCGUAGAGGUGGUAAUGGAGGAUUGUAAUGUACUCUUAGGGGGCUAGUUAGCAAGCUAUCUUCUCUAUGGUAUGCUACUACCCGCCGUUUUAAAUAACUACAAUUUAUUUGCUACUUAAGCGACAGCAUUCGGUCAUACCUACAGCAGGAGGAGCCCCUCCUGAGAUAAAUGAUGGCGUCAGAUACACUCUCUCAAAGUCAUGGUUCCAAAGGAAUCAUGACGUUUUAUCCCACCAUUGAAGAAUUCAAGAAUUUCAGCCGCUAUGUUGCAUAUAUAGAGUCCAAAGGAGCGCAUAAAGCAGGAUUAGCUAAGAUUGUUCCACCAAAGGAGUGGAGGCCUCGAUCUUCUUAUGAGGACAUAGAUGAUUUGGUGAUUCCUGCACCCAUUCAGCAGGUGGUGACUGGCCAGUCGGGCCUUUUCACUCAGUACAACAUACAGAAGAGAGCCAUGACUGUCAAAGAGUUUCGCAGGAUUGCCAACAGUGACAAGUUCUGCAGUCCACAGUAUGAUGAUUUUGAGGAGCUGGAAAGGAAGUACUGGAAGAAUUUAACAUUUAACCCCCCUCUGUAUGGGGCAGAUGUUAAUGGAAGCUUGUAUGACCCUGAUGUAGAGGAAUGGAAUAUUUGCCACUUGGGAACCAUUUUGGACACUGUGGAACGUGACAGUGGUAUAACUAUUGAGGGUGUUAACACACCCUACUUGUAUUUUGGUAUGUGGAAGACCACCUUUGCAUGGCACACUGAGGACAUGGACCUUUAUAGCAUCAACUACCUGCACUUUGGGGAGCCCAAAUCAUGGUAUUGUAUUUCCCCAGAGCAUGGGAAAAGACUGGAACGUCUCGCUAAAGGUUUCUUUCCUGGUAGUUCUCAAAAUUGCGAAGCCUUUUUAAGGCAUAAAAUGACUCUAAUCUCUCCUUCAAUACUGAAGAAAUAUGGGAUUCCAUUUGAAAAGAUUACUCAGGAAGCUGGUGAGUUCAUGAUCACUUUCCCCUAUGCCUAUCACGCUGGAUUCAACCAUGGAUUCAACUGUGCCGAGUCCACCAACUUUGCCACGGAGAGAUGGAUUGAGUAUGGCAAGCAAGCAGUUUUGUGCUUGUGUCGUAAAGAUAUGGUGAAGAUUUCAAUGGAUGUUUUUGUCAGGAAAUACCAACCAGACCGCUAUGAACAGUGGCUGGCGGGGCGAGAUACGGUCCCCAUUGACCACUCACAGCCCACCCCUGAGGCUAGCGAAUUUCUGGGCGACUCCUUUAGCAACAACACUAACAGCUUCAACGAGAGUGGUUGUGAGGAUGGAGAGAGGAAAAGCACACAACGAAUAGAGACCAAAAGACACCGUGUGUGUUUGGAGUUACCUGAUGAGGUCGUCCCGAAAGAUGAAGAUGGUACAGAGCAGUACGGAAAGAGGCCCAGACUAAGCCUCAUCCCUCACCGAUCUGCUGUGAACGAGAGCAAAAGAAAUAAAGGGCCGCCAAAGUUGAUCGUCACGCCAACAAAGCUUACGCUAAUGGAUCCAUUUCACAGGAGUAUGACCCAGAACAACAGUGACGGAGGCCGUCCUCCUCAUUAUACCAAGACCCGUGCACCAGCAAUCUCUUCUCAGUCAAGGCCCAGAAACGGACAUCUAUCAGUUUCAGCAGCACCGACAUGGACUGAAGCUUCUGCGCUACCUGUGCGUAAAAUGGGCGUGGCCAGCCUGCUCUUCCACAGAACUUUGAGUCCAAAAGACACUCUUCAGGUGCAAAGCUACACUCUAGAAAAGCAGCAGGACCGUCACACACAGCUCCAAGUCCACAGCUAUGCUAGGGAGCACCAGCCUCGUCAUCUUCAGAACAAAACUGGCACAGUCCCACAGGUUCAGGCUUUAUCCCCGACACCCAUCUGUGACAAAACAGAACCUGAGCCUGAAGCUCCAGUUCUUCAAAUAGAAGAGGAACUUAAUGAGUCAGAAGCACACAGUCCUGUGGUGGAGGAACAAAACGACAACAAACCUGAAAAAUCUGAGCUAGUUCAAGACCCAAUUAAAAUGAAGGCACCUGAAGUUCAAGUCAUGAGCAAGUCUACUCUCCCACAGACCCAAACACAGCUCCAUGAGCUCUGCAAAGUCAAGAUGGAGGCUUCCAAAGUCAACAAGCGAAAGAGUUACGAGUGUCCACUAGGGGAUAGUGGCAUUAUCAUCCUGACAGACACCAUUCCUGCAAAGCAAGGAGAGCAGGAUAAGGUCAAGUUGAUUCCUCACAGUUAUCAUCAGGUGGCAGAGGAGCAGUCCUACUGCAAGUCAGUGUCAAAAAAACAGGAGCAGGAAGCUCAGCUUUGUAGACUGCCUCGCCAUCACCCUCUGAUCAGAGAGGCAUGCAGUGAUGAUGAUCAGGAUGUCAGUGUAGAGGUUGAACAAGAUGAAAAGGAGGAGUGGGCUAAGCCUCUCACCCAAUUGUGGCAGAGUCAGCCAUACAACCCCCAGGCAGAGUGGGACUACAACAAAAUCAUGGGCCAGCAGCCUCCUUACUGCUCCAUUUGUCUGCUCUUCUACACUUACCACCAGUCUGAGUCCAGUGAUGAGAGCUCCAGCUUGAUGUUGGUGAACCGCCCAGGAGGCCGUCAGUGGUCCCGGCCGCUCAUUCCUGAAAUGUGUUUCAACACUCACUCCGGCAGAACGAAUGAUGGCGGAGAGGGCCAGCUGUCCAAUCCUCAUGUAGCAGAGGAUGGGAUGAGCCGCCUCAUCACCUGUGCUCAGUGCUGCGUUCGAGUACAUACAAGUUGCUACGGCAUUUCUGGAGAAGAAGCGGAGUUAGACGACUGGCUGUGUGCUCGCUGCGAGGCCAGUGCCAUCACUGAGGACUGCUGUCUGUGUUCGCUGAGGGGGGGGGCCCUUCAGAGAGCCAACAAUGACAAAUGGGUCCAUGUGCUGUGUGCAAUCACUGUACUGGAAGCCCGUUUUGUCAACAUCACCAAGCGCAGCCCCGUUGAUCUGUCUGCCAUCCCGCUGCCACGUUUCAAACUGAAGUGUGCAUGCUGCAGGAAACGGAUGAAGAGGGAGGUGGUGGGCUGCUGUGUCCAGUGCUCUCACGGACGUUGCUCCACAGCAUUUCAUCCUUCCUGUGCUCAGGCAGCUGGUAUCCUCAUGCACCCAGACGACUGGCCGUUCGUUGUCUUCAUCACCUGCCACAGACACAGAGCACCAGUCAUACCUGAGCGGAACAAGGAAUCUCUGAGAGACCUUGCAAGAAGCCAGAAGGUGAUCUGUAAACAUAAAAAUGGCCGUUACUACCACAGUGAAGUGGUGGAGCUGACCACGGCCACGUUCUAUGAAGUGGUGUUUGAUGACGGCUCGUACAGCGACAACCUCUUUCCAGAAGACAUUGAGAGCCGGGACUGUGCCCGACUUGGCCCACCCUCUGAGGGUCAAUCUGUUCAGGUGCGAUGGACAGAUGGUCUUUUAUACGGAGCGAAGUUUGUAGCAUCCCACUCUGUCCCCAUGUACACGGUGGAGUUUGAGGAUGGAUCACAAAUCUCUGUAAAGCGAGAAGACAUUUACACCCUAGACGAGGAUUUGCCAAAACGAGUCAAAUCACGCAUGUCUGUGGCGUCGGACAUGCGAUUCGAGCUGUUCACGCAGAACAACAUCAAACAGAACUCCAAACGGCAGCGAGUCAUUAACUCGCGAUACCGAGAGGACUACAUAGAGCCUGUCAUCUACCGAGCCAUCAUGGAGUGACUGCUACCAUCUUUUCCACCAUAAUAAAUCACCAUGGAAACAUCUUUCUUGUUUUUCUUUUUCUGACAGUAGCUAAUGGCCUGCCAGCCCCUCCUGUUCUGUUCUUCCAAAGCCUCUCAGGCUUCAUAUUUCUAAACUACGGCUGGGACUUAAAGUGACUCGUGCUUUAAAACAUCCUGUUAGAUUUUAGUCUGUAGAUCAUCAACCUGCUGUUGUCUGCUUGUAUUUUUUGGUUUCUCAGGAAGAAGCCAUUAAUCAUUCAAUGUAACCGUUAUUAUUAAGUAGGAGAGAAAGUUUUGUUUUUCUCUACUAUCACGGCUUCAUGCAGCUUUUCUGAUCAAGUUGCAGCUAUUUAUAUCGGACUCAGUCUGUUAUUAACAUUAUUUGCUUUUAAGGAAGGAUUUCUUUUCUACUCAUACAAUUUAAAUUAUCCUUUGUUCUGUUUAUGGAGAUGUUUAUGUUUGGAGAUCAUAUGGAUUUUUUUAAGCUCAAGUUCCAGACUGUAAUUUUCCUUCAUGCAUUGAAUUAUUAAAGGAAGUGAAUAGGAUAUGGUUAAGUAUGUAGAUGACCUUGAUGGUGUUACGGUGUAUCUACCAUGAAGAUAGAAAGAAGUUUAGGCGUGUCUUUUAAGCCUUACAUUUCAAAGGGCCAAGCUGACUUUGUUUUUGUCUCGUGGAUUAUUAUAAAUAUUGUAAAUAAUAGGGUUACUUUAUUUAUUCAAAGGUAUCAAGAUUAAGAAGAAAGCUAUUUUUGUCACAUCCUUUUCACAAUCUAAAGAAAACGUCAGGUGUGUUUAUAUUUAUUAUGCUAUUUUGAAUUUUUAGAGCGAUUUUCUGUUUCUGCGCAGUAAUCGGAAGGUGACAAUGACCUGACUCGAGUUUCUCUUAAAACAAAAGCACUUAUUGUUUCUUUCAGGAAAUUUAGCCUUUGAUACAUUUAUGUCCCCUCUCCAAAAAAGAUUUUCUUUUCUUUUUUGUGUUUGUGUUUUGAUUUCAACUAGCUGUAGUAGAUUUAAUUUUCAGGUUACACUUUGAACCCCUAUAGUAAUGUGCUCAGUGACGAGAUCCAUUUUUUUGAAGUUUUUCUCUCGUUUUCAGUCCCUUAUUCCUGGUUUAACCGAGACUUGUGAAAAGGAAAAUGAAAAGUAGCUGGCCCUUCAGUAGGAUAAUCUGGCCAGAUGCUUGUUUUAGCUUUCUUCUGCUGUUGUCUUUAGAUCUCCUUGAGUCUUUCCAUAAGGCUGCUUUAAGACUUUGUAACCAUAAACUAUUUGAGUAAAGUUUGGGAUAUAAAAAAGG